GGUACCCUUUCCCUUCCAGAACGGGAGUCCCGAGAGCAUGAGGAGCCGACCACAUCGGAGAUGACAGAGGAGACCUACCCGCCCAAGGCCUACCGGCCCAAGCAUGGCCGCCUCUCCGAUAUGAAGGCUGAGGCCCUGAAGAAGGACCGCCGGAAGAAGCUGACCCUGGCCAAGUUUGUGGGCAUGGCCGAGAACACGGCACACCCCCGGGUUGUCAUCCCCGAGCUCCGGCAAGAGUUUGAGCUGGGUCCCUGCCGCAGGCACAUGGAGGCAUCCCUGCAGGAGCUCAAGAGCAGCCAGCGGAUGGUCCCCCGUGCUGUCCACCUCCCCAACUGUGACCGAAAGGGCUUCUACAAGAGGAAGCAGUGCAAGCCCUCCCGAGGCCGGAAGCGUGGGUUGUGUUGGUGCGUGGACAAAUACGGCAUGAAGCUGCCAGGGACUGACUACCUGAGUGGAGACCUGCAGUGCCACGCGUUCGACAGCAGCAACGUGGAGUGAAGUCGCAUCCCCUCCCUCCGCCCCAUCACUACCUACCCAGGCUCCCUUCCACCCUCCCCUCUGCACCUCCCUGCGCCCCGGGACUCCGAUUCCUUUCAUCUCAUGUAAGAAGAAAAAAAGAAAGGAAAAGAAAAAAGAGAAAGGAAGG